AUGUCUACCUCUGAAUCACCGGCCACUGAAUCUGAGACCAUCGUUGUCUCCUCCUCUCCUACAUUGUUGAAUAUCAACAUGUCCAACGUGACAAAGCUCACUCCCACCAAUUUUUUGAUGUGGCGCCGUCAAGUCCUUGCUUUUCUCGCAUGCUACAACCUCGCCGGAUACGUUGAUGGAACUGGGGUUAUUCCGCCUCACUCUUCUGUUACCAAUGGUGUUACCACUCCGAACGGUGAUUACGCUCUCUGGAAGCGCCAAGAUCAACUACUCUAUAGUGCACUUCUUGGUGCGAUCUCCAUUUCCAUUCAGCCUCUUCUCUCCAAAGCCGAAACUGCUGCUGAUAUAUGGGCGACCUUGUCGACCACGUAUGCAUACCCGAGCCACGGCCACGUUCAACAACUCCGGCAACAGCUCAAACACUGGAUCAAAGGCACCAAAAGUAUUGCUGAAUACUUCCAAGGGUUUACAACUCGCUUUGAUCAACUUGCUCAUCUCAGGAAACCGGUUGAGCAUGAAUCACAAGUUGAGUUCAUCCUCGAGGGUCUCCCUGAUGACUACAAGACAGUGGUCGAUCAGAUUGAAGGUCGUGACUCCGUUCCCUCCUUACUCGAGGUUCAUGAGAAGCUUCUUAACUUUGAGACGAAGCUGGCAGCAAAAGCAGCUGCUACUCCUCUACUUCCUGCCACAGCGAAUGCGGCCACAUAUCGUGGACACAACAACAACUCACGUCAACAUGACAAGUCCUUCUCCCGCAACAACAACAACGGGUGGUCGCCAAAUCAGUCCUCCCGUCCUCACUACUCUCCACGUCUGUAUCAAGGGAAGUGUCAAAUUUGUGGUCUCCAUGGUCAUAGUGCGCGUCGUUGCUCUCAACUUCAACUUCCGCAAGCUGCAUACGGUUCGAACCCUACGUCCGUACCUUGGCAGCCACGUGCUCAUUUGGCAACUGCUCCGCCGUACAAUGCAGGUAACUGGAUAAUGGAUUCUGGCGCCACUCACCAUCUCACCUCCGACCUGAACAACUUGGCUUUACACCAGCCUUACACUGGGGGUGAGGAGGUUACCACAGCGGAUGGCUCUGGCAUGCCCAUCUCCCACACUGGUUCCGCUUUACUCCCUACUCCUACUCGUCCUCUAACCUUGAGUGAUGUCUUAUAUGUUCCUGACGUUAAGAAUAAUCUUAUAUCGGUCUAUCGGUUGUGUAACACUAAUGGUGUCACUGUUACGUUUGCUCCUGCUCAUUUUCAGGUGCAGGAUCUCAGCAUGGAGGCGCGUCUCCUACAAGGCAAGGCAAGGAAUGAGAUGUACGAGUGGCCGACCGUGACUCCUCCAGUGUUAUACUAUUUAGUUAUUGUUGAUCAUUUUUCACGCUACACAUGGCUCUUUCAACUUAAACUCAAAUCUCAUGUCCGUGACACCUUCAUUGCUUUCACUUCUCUCAUCGAAAAUAAAUUCAAAAGACGGAUUGGCACUCUCUACUCUGAUAAUGGUGGAGAGUUUAUUGUGUUGCGCUCAUUUCUUAUCUCUCAUGGCAUCUCCCACUUCACGACACCCCCGCACACUCCAGAACACAAUGGUCUCUCGAAGCGGAAACAUCGUCACAUUGUCGAUACAGGUUUAACCUUGUUAAGCACUCCCUCCACCCCCACAAGCUAUUCGAGUUAUGCGUUUAGCACUGCGGUUUAUCUUAUCAAUCGCAUGUUAACGCCGGUGCUUGGUGAUGUGUCCCCGUAUGCUAAGCUCUUUGGUCAACAACCGAACUACCAGAAGCUCCGCGUGUUUGGCUGCUUGUGCUUCCCGUGGCUCCGUCCAUAUGCGGCACACAAGCUUGACAAUCGCUCCUUGGACUGUGUUUUCCUUGGCUAUUCUCUCACGCAGAGUGCAUACUUCUGCUUCCAUCGGCCUACGGGACGCAUCUACACGUCUCGCCAUGUUCGGUUUGUUGAAGAGAGUUUCCCCUUUGCCAUGUCGUCCUCUACCAUUACAACGUCGGUGUCCGUUCCGGAAGUUACAGCGGGCGUACAUCAUUCGGUGGUGCCGCUUCGGUCACUGGCUACACCUCCUCCUCCUUCCUUGUCGUCGUUGUCGCCUCCACGCUCCGAUUCUCACCCCAUGGCAUCGCCACCACCAACGCCAGCACCGUCACCUGUCUCCUCGGUUCCUCCUACGUCACCUCUCUCUCCCGCACAUCCUUCCUCUACUGGACUGGACUCACGGUCUUCGUUAGGCCCAACAACAAACUCCACUCCAUCAAGCCCAAACUUGCCUUCCACUGCACAGAGCCCAUUAAGCCGAAGCCCAACCAAUUCAUCUACCCAUUCCUCCACUCCGUCUUCCUUGUCGUCCUCUUCCCAUGCAUCACCACCGCAGCCUGUUCCUUCCCUAAUACCGGCAAGUCCACCUCCACCGCUUGUGAACCAACAUCCGAUGCAGACACGUUCUAAGAACCAUAUCGUUAAGCCCAAUCCCAAACUAUCUCUCACCGCCACUGUUCCGCCUCUUCGACCGAUAAUACCUAAAACUGUCACGGAGGCACUCAAGGAUCCAAACUGGAGGCAGGCUAUGUGUGAUGAGAUUAAUGCACAAAUUCGAAAUGGAACGUCCGACUUGGUUCUACCCUCACCAUCUCAGAUUAUCAUCGGCUGUAAGUGGGUGUUUACGCUAAAAUAUCUUCCUAAUGGUACCCUUGACAGGUAUAAGGCGCGACUUGUGGCGAAAGGUUUCCAUCAACGGUAUGGUCUUGACUUUAUCGAGACUUUUAGUCCAGUGAUUAAAUCAACGACGGUUCGUGCUGUUCUUCAGACGGCAGUGAGUAAAGGUUGGCGAAUCCGCCAAAUUGACGUCAACAAUGCCUUUUUACAGGGUUCUCUCCAUGACGAAGUUUAUGUUACUCAGCCACCGGGGUUUGUCGAUCAAGAUCGUCCUCACUACGUGUGUCGUCUUCGGAAGGCUUCAACAACUGCUGAUGCCUCCUUGUUCGUUAAUCGGUGUGGUUUGGAUGUUGUCUACGUUCUCGUCUAUGUCGACGACAUGCUCAUCACUGGAAAUAAUAACGCUAUAGUCACGAGGUUCAUUGCUCAUCUUGCCGCUCGGUUCUCACUUAAGGAUCUCGGUGACUUGAGAUAUUUUUUGGGUAUUGAGGCCACGAGGACAUCUACUGGUCUCCAUCUCAUGCAGCGUCGCUACAUCAUCUAUCUCCUUACCAAGAUGAACAUGCUCAACGCUCGUCCGGUCACCACACCGAUGGCACCAACUCCCACGCUCACGCUUACCUUUGGUUCUCCUUAUGAUGAUCCUCGCCAGUAUCGCGCUGUCAUUGGGAGCCUCCAGUACCUUGCUUUCACGCGUACGGACAUUCCCUAUGCUGUUAACCGCCUCUCGCAGUUCAUUCACCGUCCCACGGAUCUCCAUUGGCAAGCUGCUAAGCAGAUUCUUCGAUACUUGGUUGGCACUUCAACUUUAGGUAUUUUCUUUCGUGCUAAUACGCCCCUCAGUCUCCAUGCAUUCUCCGAUGCAGAUUGGUCUCUUCAUAUGGAUACAUGCCUCUCGACGAAUGCUUACAUUGUGUAUCUUGGUGGCAAUCCUAUCUCCUGGUCGUCAAAGAAACAAGCUAGUGUCGCUCGCUCCUCGACGGAGGCUGAAUAUAGGGCCGUCGCUAGCUGCUUUGGAGCUUAG